CCAUCCUUUACACCCCAGUACACCAGGCCCCUUCUAGCAACAUUGUGAGCAGAAAAAACAGACCAGACAGAACACGUUGAAUAAAUACUGAAACCGUGAUAUGUCAGGUGGCAUGAAGGGCCAUGGAUUGGAGCUGUCUGCUCUCGGGUAUGGGAUCGGAACUUGCACGGCCUCUCGUUUCUUUCCUUUUUCACUCUCCCUUUGUUGGAUAGGAGGGAGGAGGAAGUGACAGCUGGAAGGCGUGGCAGAGGUACUUACAGUGCUCAUCCUUUUCCUGUAAAAACCCCAGGCCCCACACUUUUCCCAAGGGCUCUGGAGGUGGCUUUAGACUCCACCCUCUCUGUCUUCCGGUUUUGGUCUCCCGCUGUGGCGUUUAAAUCUCGCGCGCUUUCCGCGGAUUGGCUACGCGAGGCAGUAGUUGGCCGUGAGCAGCCACUGCUCCUCGCCAUUUUCCCCGGGCAAAAGGUUUUCAAAUUCGACCAAUCGGCUGUCGCGCUCCUUCAGCUGAGACGCGUCACCGAAGGCUAAACUGCUACCAAUCAGAGGCGCCUUUACCGAAAAGAGCCAAUCAGGGGGGCGCAGAGGUGUGCCCUGGAGGCUUAUAAGGACGGCCCCUGGGCGUUCGCGGCAGUAGUUGGACUGCGGCGGACGGCUGAGUGUCGGCCUCUCCUCGCUGCUUCUCACCGCUCGUCUACCUCACGCAGAAUGUCCGGCCGCGGCAAGACUGGAGGCAAGGCCCGCGCCAAAGCCAAGUCGCGCUCGUCGCGCGCCGGCCUCCAGUUCCCAGUGGGCCGCGUUCACCGGCUGCUGCGGAAGGGCCACUACGCCGAGAGGGUGGGCGCCGGCGCGCCCGUGUACCUGGCGGCCGUGCUGGAGUACCUGACGGCCGAGAUCCUGGAGCUGGCGGGCAACGCGGCCCGCGACAACAAGAAGACGCGCAUCAUCCCGCGCCACCUGCAGCUGGCCAUCCGCAACGACGAGGAGCUCAACAAGCUGCUGGGCAAGGUCACNGGCGUGACGAUCGCGCAGGGAGGCGUCCUGCCCAACAUCCAGGCCGUGCUGCUGCCCAAGAAGACCAGUGCCUCCGUGGGCCCGAAGGCGCCCGCGGGCGGCAAGAAGGCCAGCCAGGCCUCUCAGGAGUACUGAGGGCGCUGCGCCCGGCAGCCCGGCCCUCCCCGUGCCACCACAAAGGCCCUUUUAAGGGCCACCACAGCCCUCACGGAAAGAGCUGAGCCAC